AGGCCCGAGUCUCAGACCGGAAAUAAACAGACUGACACCCAAGCGGGGGACACGGAGUGACAGGGGGUCGGGGGCGGGAGGAGACGCGGCAUAUGAAUACAGGGGCGGGGAGAGACCUGCAGCCCAAUACAGGGCCCGAUGUUCGUUAUGGGGUCUCUCUCUCACUCCCAUGUACUGGGGGCCUUCACUUUCCUUCUCUGUGCUCUCCCGACUGCCCAUUCUAUGAUAUACGCGUACUCAGAUGUGCGCACCAGGGAGCCACAGAUGUUUGAUGACCUUCCUGCGCUGUUUGGGCCCUCACUGCCAACUGAUGGCAUGAAGGGGAGUUUGGUUCAAGCUGUACCAGAAAAUGCCUGCACCCCCAUCUUGCCCCCUCCCACAGACAAUGGAACCAGUUUUAUUGUCCUCAUACGGCGAAACGACUGUAACUUUGAUACCAAGGUGUUGCACGCCCAGCUGGCCGGGUACAAUGCCGCCAUAGUGCACAACGUUGGCGCUGACUUGCUGCUGCGCAUGGGUUGGAAUGAUGAGAGCAUCCGCAGGCAGAUCCGCAUCCCCUCCGUCUUUACUGGCGAGAGCUCCGGGAGGUCUCUUCUUGCCAACUUCUCUUACUAUAACAACUCUCACAUUUACCUGGUGCCGGAUUAUUACUUCUCCCUGGGGUACUAUCUCAUUCCUUUCAUCGUGGUCGUCUCUGUCGUCAUCGUCGUCAUGUGCAUCGUAAUGGUUGUGCGAUGCGCGCAGUACCGGAAACGCAUGCGCCGAAACCGCCUGUCCAAGGAACAGCUGAAGAAAAUCCCAAUACACAAGUUCAAAAAAGGGGAUGAUUACGAUGUGUGCGCCAUCUGUCUAGAGGAAUAUGAGGAGGGUGACAAGCUGCGGGUCCUACCCUGCUCCCAUGCCUAUCACUGCAGUUGUGUGGACCCCUGGCUGACCAAGACCAAGAAGAGCUGCCCGGUGUGUAAGAACAGAGUUUUCCGCUCUGACUCUGACUCAGACUCUGACACCGGUGGGCCCGUGGCUAACGAUGACCAAGGGGAGGAGAGUGAUAACGAGCGCACCCCUCUGCUCCGCCCCUCACCUUCCUUCGGCAGCAUGGCCGAGUCCCCCCGGGCCGGGCAGCAGGAAGAGGAAGAGGAAGAGGAGGAGGCAGUGGCUGCUACCGGUGUUGUCGUGUGAUGUUAAUGACUGUGGCCUUUCCCAGAAUCCUCUGUGCCCAGAGCCGGAACCUUCUAUGAUUUGCACUCCCCUAUAGUCGCCUUUAUGCCCUUCCCUGAGUGGGACAUUAUGUAACCAUUCUCUUCCCAUCAUUCCCUCUUGUUUCACCCUUCCCACAGUCCCUUGCGACUGCUUAAUUCCCAUCAUUCCUUGCUUCACCCUUCCCACAGUCCCUUGCGACUGCUUAAUUCCCAUCAUUCCUUGUUUCACCCUUCCCACAGUCCCUUGCGACUGCUUAAUUCCCAUCAUUCCUUGCUUCACCCUUCCCACAGUCCCUUGCGACUGCUUAAUUCCCAUCAUUCCCUCUUGUUUCACCCUUCCCACAGUCCCUUGCGACUGCUUAAUUCCCAUCAUUCCCUCUUGUUUCACCCUUCCCACAGUCCCUUGCGACUGCUUAAUUCCCAUCAUUCCUUGCUUCACCCUUCCCACAGUCCCUUGCGACUGCUUAAUUCCCAUCAUUCCCUCUUGUUUCACCCUUCCCACAGUCCCUUGCGACUGCUUAAUUCCCAUCAUUCCUUGCUCCCUCACACCGGCUAAUUCUGGGCUGCCGGUGAUAUGAAUGAUACGGUUUGGGGGCGAUGGGGGGCUCGGCACCCAGUUUGCAGGGAAAUGGGAUCAUUUUUUUUAAUGAAUAUAAUGGCUGCCAAUGGCGAGUCUACUGGCACCUCGAGGACUGGCACAAACGUAUGGAAUUCUGCCCCGAUGGAUUGGAUGUAGCAUGGCACCCAGAAGGCUGGCAUUGGUGGGGAGGUGCCCUGGGGUGCCUGUACCCCAUGAUUCCCCUGUACAGGUUUUAUAUAAAGAGAGUUUCCUUACUAAUCAA